GGGGUACACUUUGUCAGGUCCUGCGAUACCUCAGCUCCAGUAGCGAGAGGGGCGAACCGCGACGGAGAUGUCAGGAAGCCCACUACUGAGGAUGGCGCAGGUGUACAGUGCACCGUGGCUAGGAGGCGCCGCAGGGAUGCAAGGCGCCGAAGGGGGACUGAAGACGACGCUGGCGGGAAAGGUCAGCGUAGUGGCGGUCGAGGGCGGCGGUGUAAGGGCAUCGCGAGGAGGUAUGACCGUCCUGGCAGCAGCGCAAACACCCACGCUGGCCCAAAAUGGUCGCGCGCUCCUCAGCGGAAAGGACACCGCGAGGAGGGACAAAACCCUGAGGGAGGUCCUACUGAGGGACCUCGAGGGGCGACGCGCCAGCGUGACCGGAGAAGCUGCGUGCCCAGGAGAGGGCGAAGAGGAUGAGUUGGAAGCGCUCGGCCAUAGAGAAAGUAGAGUCCUCCAGGUGGUAGUGGACGGCCUAUGGUCACCGUCAGUCGACAGCGUGGCGACAGAGUCCUGCUCACCAUACUUGAGCGCGCUGAAGUGGAGCGAGAAGUGGCGGCCCUGUUGCGCGGAACGGCGGGGGCGGCCGCGGAAAGGGGAGCGGCGUUGGGAAGUGUCGUGAGAGGAAGAGGGGGCGUAGCCAGUACGCUGAGGCUGGGAGGAGGAAGCGGGGUGAAGACAGGCCCGCAUC